AGUAUUGAAUUAUUUAUACUAUCUAAUAAAAGUUUGAUAAAUAAACUUUGUGUGCUAAAUAAACAUACAGCUUAAAAUAAAACUCUGGGCUUGAAAGGAAACAAUGCUGAAGGGUAUGGUGAGUUUGGUUACCGGGGGUGCUUCGGGUUUAGGUAAAGCAACCGUAGAAAGAUUAAUUAAGAGUGAAGGAAAAGUUGUGAUAUUGGACAUUCAAGGCACAAGAGCACAGGAACUUGCGAAACGUCUUGGGGAGAAUGUAGCUGUUUCUGUUGGUUGUGUUUCAUCUGAAGACGACGUGAAAAAGGCAUUGGAAUUGACAAAAAGUCUAUACGGUAAACUAGACACUGUUGUGAAUUGUGCUGGAUUUGCACAAACACGCCAAGUAUAUAAUUUUUACAAAGGUCAGGAGUGUUCAAUGGAUGAUUUUAUUAAAUGUAUCAAUGUUAAUACAAUAGGCACAUUCAAUACAAUUAGAUUGGCGGCUGGUUUGAUAGGGAAAAAUGCACCUAAUGAAGAUGGACAAAGGGGAGUAAUUGUAAAUACAGCUUCGACAAUAGCAUACGAGGGCGACAUUGGUCAGGCAGGUUAUGCUGCUUCUACAGCCGCCGUCAUAGGAAUGACAUUACCAAUAGCAAGAGAUCUUGCAUCAAGAGGCAUCAGAGUGGUUACUAUUGCACCAGGUAUAUUUGAAACUCCAUUGGUCACUUAUUUACCGGAAAAAAUGAUCGAAUUUAUAAAGCGAAUGACACCAUUCCCUUCAAGGCUGGGCAAACCCGAGGAAUUUGCUCAUUUAGUAACUAGUAUAGUAGAAAAUCCUAUGCUAAAUGGUGAAGUUAUUAGAUUGGACGGCGCCCAGAGAUGGUUUCCUUUGUAAUUAGUUGUAAUAAAUAAAUAUAGUGUAGAUGCUUAAGACUGCAAAUGUUUGUACAAAAGCUGUGUAAAUGUUAUUAUUGUAUGAUUUGUUGAUGAUAAUAAAAUUUAAAAUCCU